CUGGCCAUCCGGUACGGCCUGUGCGACGCGGCGCUGGUCAUCGGCGUCAACAUCUCAUUCAAUCCGGGCAUUCAGUAUAACUUCUUCAAACUCAAUAUGAUAUCACCGGACAGUAAGUGCAUGUGUCUGGACGAGAGGGCCAACGGGUACGCCAAAGGGGAGGGCUGUGUCACAGUUCUGGUGCAGCGCCGGGAUGUCGCCAAACGUAUGUACGCCGCGAUCGUUAACAUUAAGUCCAAUAACGACGGCUAUAAGAAGGACGGCAUAACGUUUCCGAGUUGGGAGCGCCAGUACACUGUCAUCAGCGGCACGUACGCCGAGUGCGGUGUGGACCCGGCUCAGGUAGACUACGUGGAGGCCCAUUGCACCGGCACUAAAGCUGGAGAUCCCGUUGAGAUGCGAGCUAUCUAUGAGGCUAUGGGUAAAGGCAAAAGAGAUAAGCCAUUGAUGAUCGGCGCUCUCAAGUCAAACAUAGGGCACACGGAGGGAGCGUCUGGUCUGUGCGCCGUCACGAAAGUGAUCCUCACGUUUGAGAACGAGUUGAUCGCAGCGAACCUACACUUCAAAACACCCAACCCUAACAUCCCGUCCCUCAUCGACGGCUACAUUCAGCCAAUCAACGAGAACACGGUAUUCAACGGCGAUUUGAUUGGUCUCAACAACUUUGGGUUCGGUGGCUCUAACACCCACCUAAUACUGAGAUCACCCAAAAUCAUGGCACCGGUAGAUAAUGGCGCGAUAGUGGACAGGUAUCCGCGUUUAGUACAGAUGUGCGGCCGAAACCAGGAGUCGAUUCACUACUUCUUUGAUAAGUUGUUUGAGAGGCCGUCGAAAAUAAGUCGAGAUUUACUUCAUUUGAUUAACGAAUUGUCCAAAAGUACACCCUUUGAGACCCACACCGGGUACCGACCCAUGAGAUACCGGGGCUUUACGCUAAUUAGUGACAAGUCUGGUGGGGGAUCGGCACUGAAAUACUCGGAAAUUGUGACACAAAAAGUGGCUAAACAUGAGAAACAGAUGUGUUUGGCGUAUACGGGAAUCGGUUCUCAAUGGCCAGGAAUGGCUCAACAGUUGAUGUCUUUCGAUGUGAUCGCGGAGUCGAUACACAACUCAGCGCUCAUUAUGAGAGACAAUGGCAUCGAUUUGUUGCGGUUAUUGACACAAAACAACUCCGAUAUGAAUAAGUCUGCACUCAAUUCAAUGGUAUCGUUGGUCGCCAUUCAGAUGGCGUUAACC